AACAGAAAGGAGAGUUUCUCAAAGCAGGAAGAGCACAACAAUGGCAACACUCAUAGCUCCUGACCACCCUUCUCCAGUUGAAGAUGCUGAAGCUCUCAGAAAUGCUUGCAAAGGAUGGGGAACAGAUGAGAAAGCCAUAAUCUCAGUACUUGGGCACAGAAAUGCAGUUCAAAGGAAGCUAAUCAGGCAAGCUUAUAAGCAGGUUUAUGAAGAGGAUCUCAUCAAACGCCUUGAAUCUGAACUUUCUGGUGCCUUUGAGAAAGCUGUCUAUCGUUGGAUGCUUGAUCCUCCUGACAGAGAUGCAGUAUUAGUUAAUGUGGCAUUGAAGCAUUCCAUACCUGAUUACAGAGUGAUUGCUGAAAUUGCAUGUGUUAGGUCUCCUGAAGAGCUCUUGGCAGUGAAAAGGGCUUACCAUUUGAGAUAUAAGCGAUCUCUGGAAGAAGAUGUUGCCGCCCAUACUGAAGGCGACUGUCGUAAGCUUUUGGUUGCUUUGGUGGGAAUAUUUAGGUAUGAUGGGGAUGAGAUUAAUGCGAGUUUAGCCCGAUCAGAGGCCGGUAUCCUUCAUGAUGUGAUCCAGAGGAAGGUUUUUAACCAUGAAGAGGUAGUUAGGAUCUUGAGCACAAGGAGUAAAGCACAGCUCAAUGCAACUUUCAACUUCUACAAGGAUGAAUAUGGCACUUCCAUCACCAAGAGUUUAUUGGGGGAUCCUGCUGAUGAGUUCUUAGCGGCAUUACGCACGGCGAUCCGAUGCUUCUCUGAUCCUCAUAAGUAUUUUGGAAAGGUGUUGAGCAAUGCAAUUAACAAGGCAGGGAUAGAUGAAGAUGGACUCACGCGGGUGAUUGUUACACGUGCGGAGAAGGAUUUGAAGAACAUCAAAGAGAUGUAUAACAAAAGAAACAAUGGAACUCUUGAGCAUGACAUAGCCAAGGAAACUUCAGGGGACUACAAGGCUUUCCUCCUCACUUUGGUGGGGAUUGAAGGGCAUUAGCUCUGUUCUU